UCAGCAAAAGGAGAGAAAGAGAAAGAGAAAGAGAGAAAAUGAGAAAGAGAAAGGGUUCAUCAAAAUCCCUUGCGAGUUCUGCAUCUACAUCUUCAUCAACAUCAUCGUCAUCAUCCACUCCACAAGAACAUGGUUUCUUCGCUUGCUACCUCUUGGCCUCUCUUAACCCCCGCUUCAAAGGCCACACUUACAUCGGAUUUACAGUGAAUCCACGGCGCCGGAUCAGACAACACAAUGGGGAGAUUGGAUGUGGUGCAUGGCGAACGAAGAAGAAGAGGCCUUGGGAGAUGGUUUUGUGCAUCUAUGGCUUCCCAACAAAUGUUGCUGCUCUUCAGUUUGAAUGGGCUUGGCAGCACCCUGUCGAAUCCUUGGCCGUAAGGAAGGCAGCUGCAAAUUUUAAAUCCCUUUCGGGAGUUGCCAAUAAGAUCAAACUCGCAUACACAAUGCUCACCCUACCAUCUUGGCAGAGCAUGGAUAUGACAGUGAACUUCUUCUCCACAAAGUAUAUGAAACAUUCUGCUGGUUGCCCAAGCUUGCCAGAGCACAUGACAAUUGAAAUGGGCGAAAUGGAUGAACUCCCAUGCUAUACUGGGAGAAUUGAUGGUUUGGUAUCAGAUAAUGAUGACAUUGAUGAAGGGGAGUUUGGUAAAAACAAUAGUAAUAGUGAUAUUGUACCAGACAUGUGUGGUGGCGUUUCUAUUGCCCACGAUUCAGAUCAAAAUAAUGGUGACAAGAUCAGCGAAUCAAUUGCGCAGAACCAAAAAUCGGAAGCUGCUGGAGAACAAACAACUCAUCCGUUAGCUUCACAGGAUUCGUCGGAUUCUAUCAUGACUGGUGAAGACACAAAUUUGGUGAGCGCAAUGAAUAAUGGUGGUAGUAAUAUUAGCGAUGGAUUGAGUCAGUCGGAAUGUGAUCAACCACUGCCGGCUACAUCACCAAAAAGAGUAGAGAUAAUUGUGAUGAAUAAGAGUAACAGUUGUGCUGUUUUGGCUGCUAAUAAUAAUAAUAAUCAAGAAUCCAGGAGAAUGUUUCUUGUGCCCCAUGAAGCUGAGAUAAUUGAUCUGUCAACACCUUCUCCAAGCUGCAGUAGAAGAGUUUUGGAUAGCAAUAAGAAGAGAAGAGUUUCCUCCUCAUUAUGUGUUGGUGCUGACUUUAUAGAUUUAACAAAGUCACCCAACUUUGUCCAAUUGUAAUAAUAAGGCUUUUGGAUAUUUAUAUCGGUGUGUUUAGAAAGUUUUUGUUGUUUGUUAAAUAAUCUGGCUUGUCAAUGCAUGUAUUGACUUGUAUAAUAAGUAUUUUUGCAAUAGCUUCUCUAACUUUGAAAAAUCUUGUAUGUUCUUGGAGUAAUAAAUUUUCUAUCACUCUCUUGCU